UUGCAUGAGGAAAUAUAAAUGGAUAUGAGAACCAUCAAAAGUUUUCUAAAUCACAAUAUCUGCUUAACUUGCUAUAUCACCAUAUGAUUUCAAGACCAGCAAAUUUGCAAUACUUGCUUGAGUUUGCCUCAGUUUUUUUCAGUUUUCAAAAUGACAGUGCAAACUUCACUACGGAUAUUACGCUGCCUCACCAACACACCAGUGUUUCAGGGGCAGGGCAAAAGGCAUUCACUGGCUUGGCUUUUUAAUUUUCUUGUAAGUAGUCUCUUGUAAAUAGUAAUCUCUCUCUCUCUUUUUCUCUCUCUGUCUCUUUCUAGUAUGUCUGUUAUGUUUACAGUUUUACAUACAUUUUCUAUUUAUGUAAUUAUCUUUAAGGCUGCAAAAAUAUGACGAAGAAAGAAGAAAGAUGACGAGAUGGUUAAAUGUUUUCAUAAUAUAAUUCUUGGAUGUGCAAGUAUAAUACUAUUCUUGAAUGCGCAGAUAUAAUAUUAUACUAGAAUCAGAAUGAGAUUGUGUUCAUGUUUGGCAGUGUGUGUGUGUGUGUGUGUGUGUGUGUGUGUGUGUGUGUGUGUGUGUGUCACACAACAGACAGACCUUUUCAAAGUGGCAAGUUUAAUGUGACAGAAGGAUAAGACUCAGAGAAACCGGGAGUCCAGCUUUCCUCUGCAGAUGGAUUGUGGUUUUGGGCGAUGGCUGUCUUUUCUCACAAUGAAACCGAGAAAAGCUUACAGGCUGUGGUUGGCAUUUGCCCUCAUCUUCCUUAGCAUAUAUAUACGGCUACAGCCCAUUUCUGUGAAGCUUAAGCUGAUAGGAAACAGCCAUGGUUGGCAUGGGAACAUAUCUAUCCUGCUGUGGCACUGGCCAUUCAACAUCUCCUACCCGUUGGAGGGCAACGUCUGCCUCAACAAGUACGGAAUCCCUCGGUGCCUACUCACAGCCAACCGCUCGCAAUUCAGCCAGGCAGAUGUUGUAGUUUUUCAUCAUCACGAGCUGAAAUACGCGCAUCAGAAACUUCCACUGCACCUGCGCCGCCCAUGGGGCCAGAAGUGGGUGUGGUUGUCGCUAGAACCUCCGGCAGUGAACCAAAACGUUAGUGGGUACAAUCAUCUGUUCAAUUGGACCAUGAGCUAUCGGCAGGAUGCGGAUAUCUUCUUGCCCUAUGGUUCGAUGAUUCAAAAAAGGACAAACGAAACCUUCCACAUCCCAGAGAAGAGCUCGUGUCUUGCCUGUUGGGUGGUCAGCAACUACAAGAAUGAACACAAUAGAUCCAAGGUGUACCAUCAACUGCGUAAGCACAUUCCCAUUGCACGCUAUGGCAAGGCAAACAGAAGGCCUUUGGGUAAAGAGCAUCUGCUGCCCAUCAUUGGCCGCUGUCAUUUUUACCUGGCCUUUGAGAACUCCAUCGCUAAAGACUACAUCACAGAGAAGCUGUGGAGGAACGCCUUCCAGGCAGGAACAGUACCCGUGGUUUUGGGACCACCUCGGUCUAACUACGAGGAGUUUGUUCCCCCUGAUUCUUUCAUCCAUGUUGAUGACUUCAAAAGCAUUAGCGAGCUGGCAUCCAAACUCAAGAAGCUGGCUAGCAACAGGACCCAGUAUCAAUUGUACUUCAAGUGGCAUAAAGAUCAUGCAGUCCACAUCUUCUCAGACUGGAGAGAAAGGCUCUGUCAAAUCUGUAAAAAGUACAAUGAGCUCCCCUCACUCAAUGUCCACCAUGACUUACAAGGUUGGGCAAUGAGAUGAUUUGAAUUAAAUCAAUGACUCAUUUGCACACACCACUGUGGAGUGGCAAACAAGGGUUUCACAUGGAAUACAUAGAGAUAGAUUGAUCACAUAAAGAUUUAGGUUUCAGUUGUCAAUUUGACUUAAUAAAUAGAAUACUAUUGAAAAUCUAUACAUAACUGUACACUAUUUAGUUUUCACAAGGAUAUUACAGAUAAUAACUUGUUUGUAGUUAAAUUGGCUUGUUAUCAACCCCCUUUGAAAUUGAAUAGUUAGCUGUGUAAUCAUUAAAUCACUAAUGCUGCCAGGAAAUGCUGGGCAAAGCAGUAUUGAAAUGUGGAACUUUAAGUAGAAAAUAUAGAAAACAAGAAUCAUUAUUUAGGGAAAUGUAUUACUCAAUUAACAACUAAUGAAACCCUUAUUUACACUGUCAUCAAACCUUGUUUGUGUACAGAAUAGUUUGUUACAGGUAAACCUCUGUAACAUCAUGGGCUCUAUCUUGGCGAUCAGAAACGGAUAGUCAGAGGCGAAGCAGGCCAGUCCAUUUCACUAAUUUAAUGGCGCGAUUAUGUGAUCAAACGUUGGGCACUUGGCACAAAAAGGUUGUUAUGUUUCUUAAUCAGUCAUGGGUGUGUUUUGGACGUAACAUCCUUUAAACCAAUGAGAAUGACA